CUCAUUCCCAUGUUCUUCUGAUUUGGGUUAUAUCGUCACGUAAUCUCUUGUGGAACAGAGAUUCGGUAACCUCUGUCACUGAUUAUAGAGCUUAAAAUCAGAGUUGCUGAUGCAGACUAACCUGUUGCUUUAGGCUUUCUCAUCUGUCUAGACUGUUCUUGCCAUUGCAGUACAAUGAAGUCAAAAAAAAAUGCUAGCUUUACCUGAAUAUUGUAGAUAGCCAUUCCUCUUGGGGAAAUUGGAAAAGGGUGGUACUGCCAUACUGCAAUUGCAGGCUGUGCUUUCUGGCCACUGUUCAUUUUGCGUAGUGUAUCAUGUGUCCCAACAAUAAUUUAUAUCUGGUGUGCAAAUUGGUAAUGACUAAUGAGGAAAGUUAACACAAAAUGUUUUGAAGACACAUGGAAGUACAAAUCAUGCAGUGCACUGAUUUUAAGUUUCUGAACCAUUGCCCCUUCUAGUUGGCUGCAGUACAACCGUGCAUCUAACCCUUUACAUAGAUCCAAUGGCUGUAAUCAUCCGGACUCAUGGCCCACUUCACGCCUUGCGCGCUAUCUUUGAUUACUUUGUCCUUCUGUGCACUUUGUCGAAACACCUCAUCACUAGUCCCUUCCUGAUUAAGCAACUGAGGUCCAUCUGUACGCCUGACAAUGAAAGUAUUGCCAUUGUCCCAUACAUGGUGUCUGUCUGACUUUAAGAUUUUGAAUGUUACCCAGUACCCAUUUCUAAUUAGCUACAAUACAACCAUUUAUUUCACCCUUUAUAUUGGUCCAACUGCUGGGAUCUUCCGGAUUCAUGGCUCAAUUCAUGUCUAGUCUCUAGUAGUCUAGUCCCUUCCUGAUUACUUUCUCCUUUUUGUGCACUUUAUUGAAAUGCCUAGUCUCUAGUAGUCUAGUCCCUUCCUGAUUAAGCAACCAAGGUCUGUCCAUACUAUGCAUAUAACUGCUCAAUGUUUCUCCCGUGCCAUUGAUCUUCAUUCGUAUGAAUGCAGAGGAAGUGCAAGACCAUCCAUACAAUUACUGAUUUUAUAUCCUAGCUUGAGCGGCUUGGAUUAUGAAAGAAGCACCUUAUAUAGGCUCUGAAGCUAGUAAUCCUAGAAUGUUGGGUUAUAUGGAUAGGCUUAGUUUUAGCCUUUAGGGAUAUGGUUUUGGUUUUAAAGUUAGGUUUUUCCUUACCAUUCUCAAUACUGACAGAAUUCGUGAGGAUCAAAUAGGAAAAAGUGAAACUAAUUUUAGAAAAUGAUAGGGAAUACCCCCGCCAUCACCAAUGUACCAGUUUGCAAGCUGGCAAACAAGUUCCUACAUUAUGUUUCAGGAAGCCUUAUUAAUGUAAGCCAUGAACAUAAGAAAAGGUGCAAAAAAAAUUCAGAUGGCAUAGGAAAUUUAAUGUUCUUCAUCCACUAUGGUUUUGUCUAUUUUUUUCAGACCAAGUAGGAUAGGCGCCAACUUUAUGUUGAAAUCAAUAUAAAGUUACAGGAUAACAUCAGCACAUAACACCAGAACUUCGAUAUAGUAGAAACGCUUUUCUAACAGAACAAGCAUGGGAAACAAAGUACCUGUGUGUCUUUCUAGGCAUCAUAGCUUUUGUCCUGUAUUGGUCUUCUUCCUUUGAACUGAUUUCAACUCUCCAGUUUCAGUCUUGCAAACUUCUCAUUGCCAUGAAUAUAUUACAUCAUGCUUAGGUUUCAUUAACUAGAGUAAUUGUCCAUUAUUUCAGAGUUUAUUGUAUUUUUCUAUUUAUCAAUUUUUAGAACAAAAGGGCCAGCAACAUUUCAUCAGCACUACUGGUUCAAAAGUCAGCUUAACUUGGAAAGAACAUCCCCUCCCAGUAAUUCGUAAAGGUAGAGUGCCAAUAAAACUAGAAUGAUAGAACAGCAACCUUUUAAUUCUCAGAUUGCGGUAUUACGUUGCUACUUAACAAAUACAGGAGAUAACUUGGAGACUUAGGUGUCUUGAAUGAGCACAGAAUAGCCUCUAAAUUUAUCUUCCUUUAUAUAUUGAUAUGUUCUCCUCUGCGGUUGUAAACAUGGAUGAUUGGAACAAAUUUUAUCUCUGGGCCUCUGGGGUACUCAGUUUCUACCCUUAUCAAUAAUUUGAAACAAAAAGUAUUUUCUCUUCCAGGACACGAGCACUGCUCAGUCCCAUUAUGGGAAAGGGAAUUCUGCAGUUAUGUCGGCAACAUUUCCUGGUGGAGGUUCUGCGAAAACAAGCAAUAUGUUUCAGUAUACAAUAAUCUUGAGCAAUGGGAUGAUUCAGGAGCCUUUGAGAAUUUUCAGAAUUCAAAGGCAAGGUUCUGGGCUAAUUAUCAUGGCCAACCUUCUGAUAUUCCUUUGCCAGACCCUGAUGUGUACAUUGAUAAGGUCGACCACUGCUGCAAAGUUGACCCUGAGUUGGUAGCUGACCUGGAUAAGGUACGGCUACCAUUCGACUCGGAUUAUAAUUCAACCCCGGCUACUGGAUCGGGCAAUGCCGGGGCAGAUAACAAGUGUACUCAGAGCACGUCUGGAAACUGGGACAUCUAUGUAGAAAAGCCAGCUGAAGUGAAUAAGUGGGACUGGGAUGCCAACGCGAUUUGGGGAGGGAAAGAUGAAUCUUGUAAAUGGGGUAAUAGCAACUCCGGUUGGGGUGCUUUUCUGGAGGAGCCUAGUUGGCGCGGCUGGAGCAAUAACCAGUACGCAUCAAACAACAGGAGUAAUAACUUCUAUGGUGGAUCCAACAAUAAUAGAUACUGGAAUGAGGAUCCCAGUCACACAUCUGGAAGGAAACGGAACUGCGGCGGGUACUUCCAGCAGAGGAACAAUAAACAGAGGAACCAGGAGGAAGGGCACCACCACCAAAGAAGCAGCUGGCAGGAUCAUAGAGGAAGGAACAGAGAAUGGCGUCCGUCGCACACCUAGAGCCUGCCAAAAAAGGUCAGGGCAUAGAGGGUGGCUCUUGAUCGAGUGGCGAAAUCGCCGCGUUUUGUUGGGAGAUGAAUAGUUUGUACCUUUUGAUUUGUGCAGUCAGUGGCUGCUAGCAAAUUGGUACGUGUGAAUAGAUGUUUGAGUUGUGCUGCCGCUCUUAAGGAGCUGUGGUUUUGGUUUUCUUCUGUUGUACCUGCAGCAUGCCAUUCCAAGGCAAAGGUAGUUCACCUAAUCACCUGGUUAUACUUCUCCAUUAGCUCUGUUCAUGAAUUCUAAAGCCCAGUGAAGUUUCUCCAA